AUGGCGAUCAACAAUGUCGAAACUCUCUCCAUUCUCCUCCUCCUCCUCCUCCUAACCCUAACCAACUGCACGUCGGCAAUGAAGUACGGCGCCACCAACUCCGCCCCCAACACCCCCGGCGGGAAGGUCUUCGACCAGUACGUCGGAAAAGCCUUCGCCGCGCAGACCCUAGAAAGGGCCACCAAAUUCAUCUGGAAGCUCUUCGAGCAGCCGACCCCCGCCGACCGGAAAAACGUCUCCUCCGUCCACGUGUACAUCUCCGAUUUCAGCGACGGCUACGCCUACGCCAACGUGCCCCUAAACGCCAUCAACGUCAGCGCGACGGCGAUUGACCGGCAAUACAAUCCCCGAUCGAGUUCGAAGAAUUACUUCCAGUGGUUGAUGCACCACGAGGUCACGCAUCUCUUCCAAUGGUACGGCGAGGGCAAAAUCCGGCCGGGAUUGGCUGAGGGGAUCGCCGACUACGUCAUGGUGAAGUCCGGGACUUUUCCGAUGGAACAGUACGCUAAGCCCGGCGCCGGCGAGCGGUGGGAUGAAGGGUACGGCGUGACGGAGAGGUUUCUGGAGUACUGCGACAGCUUGAAGCCUAAAUUUACGGUGGAGCUGAAUAAGAGGAUGAGGUAUGGGUAUGAUGAUAGUUAUUUUAAGGAGAUGAUUGGGAAGCCUGUCGAUCAGCUCUGGAAUGAGUAUAAAGCGAAGUACAAGACGGCCGCCAUUGCCGCCGGAGAUGGGGAAGAAGGUCGGAAAGGGUAUUAUCCGUUGGGGUUUGGUGAUGGUGUGAUUGGUUUUUAUUGA